CCCCGGCCACCCGCCGGGCGGCAGGGCUGCGGGGAGUGAAGGGUUAAGCUGCCUUUGAUUGACAGCGGAGCCUCUGCUGCCCCGGGUCCAGGCGCGCGCCAUUGGCCGCCGCUCCUUGCGCCUGGCAGCCAAUGGGGGGGCGCCGUCCACGAGCAGGGCCGCGUGUCUCCUGCUGCCAUUGGCUGAAAGUUACUGUGGGAAAGAAAGUUUGGGAAGUUUCACACGAGCCGUUCGCGUGCGCUCCCGGCUAUAUAAAGGGGAGGCCAGGGCGGAGGGAGAGCAGCAGGACCCGGAGCCCGCCGCGCCCGGCAGAGGCAGUCGCAGCCACAGCAGCGUUAACAGCAGCAACAGCAACCACAGCAACCACCCCAGCUCCCGCUCCCUCUCCUUGGUCCUGGAGAGCGUCCGGAGAAGCGCCCAGGCGUCUGGUUGGUGGCUAGGACUCGGGGCCAAGGUGCCGCUUAAAGGGACCAGAGCAGGGGAACCCUUUGCCCGAAAACCUCCGAGGGACUCUCGAACCCCCGCUGUCCAGGGCCCUUCGGGUUUGCCCGAGAGACAGAAGAUGCCCGCUGAUCUCAUGGAGAAGAACUCCUCCUCUCCCGUGGCCGCCACCCCGGCCAGCGUCAGCACCACGCCCGACAAGCCAAAGACGGCGUCCGAGCACCGAAAGUCCUCCAAGCCAAUCAUGGAGAAGAGGAGGCGAGCCCGGAUAAACGAGAGCCUCAGCCAGCUGAAAACGCUCAUCCUGGAUGCCCUUAAAAAAGACAGCUCCAGGCACUCCAAGCUGGAGAAGGCAGACAUCCUGGAGAUGACAGUGAAGCACCUCCGGACCCUACAGCGAGCCCAGAUGACUGCUGCGCUCAGCACGGACCCCACAGUCCUGGGCAAGUACCGCGCCGGCUUCAGCGAGUGCAUGAACGAGGUGACCCGCUUCCUGUCGACGUGCGAGGGGGUGAACACGGACGUCCGCACACGCCUGCUGGGCCACCUGGCCAACUGCAUGAGCCAGAUCCACGCCCUGAACUACCCGGCCCCGCCGCCCCACCCCGCCCUGCCGCCGCCCCCUGCGCCAGCCGGCCCUCACGGUCCUCCCUUCGGGCAGCCCCUGGUGGCGCUCCCCGGGGCUGCGGCGCCCCCGGGCGGCGGAGGCGCCGGCGCGGGGGGCACAGGCAGCGGGAGCGGAGUGCCGUGCAAGCUAGGGGCCAGUGCGGGGGCCGCUGACGGGGCCAAGGUGUUCGGCGGCUUCCAGGUGGUGCCAGCCCCCGACGGCCAGUUUGCCUUCCUCAUCCCCAAUGCGGCCUUUGCACAUAGCGGGCCCGUGAUCCCCGUGUACACUCACGCGGGCGGGGGCGCCCCCGGGGCCGCCGGCGCCGUGUCGCCGUCCGGCGGCCCCUCGCUCACGGCCGACUCAGUGUGGAGACCCUGGUGAACCGGGGAGAAUGGGACCCCUCCCGGGCUCCCCCUCCCCCCAGACACCGCCUGGACCUUGGGGUAGGGCCGCCCUGGCAGCGGGUAUGGGCAGCCAAGCCGUUCUGACAAGUUCCCUUUGUGUGAGCGCUGGACCGCGGGCCUGGCUGGGGCCCCGGUUUGUAUAUAGCUGCCUGCCGGGCAGAUUGGACGCGCGCCUGCCUCGGUAGGGUACGAGUUCAGGUGACGUUUCGGGUUUUGCGCGAGAUCCCUUUUAUAUGUGAUGCCAAAGAUGUCUGCGAAUGCUCUGAUGGAGGAAUGAAGCGUGUUGGAGGAGGAGAAUAAAACGGGACCAGA